CUGGCACUUGAUGGCCGCGAAUGAAUUAAAUUUGAACCAACUUCGGCAUCGGCAGUGCGUUGGGUUGGCGGUUCAGGGCCCGGGUUCGCGGCCGGCGGGUGCCGGGGAGUUUUACUGCGAGGUGUGUCGUGCGAAGCGGGCUGACCCUUUCUGGCUGGUGGAGGACUCCGAAGGCAUCACGUCGGUCAUUCGGCUGUCGUCGACGGGGAAGCAGACGUCGUUGGGUUGUCUGCAGCUGAACGACCCGGUGCCGUACCGCUUCCACUGGCCGCUGGGUGCCGACCUGCGCAUCAACAACGUGCAGUACCGGGUGUACUCGCGGAACAGCACCCAGAAGCUGGGGGCCAAUGGCCGGGACGAGCCAGCCAACAUUGGCCAGCUGUGGAGCAGCGCGGCGGGAGGUCGCUUCCACGUGACAAUGCAGUGUACGGACAGCUCUGUGUACGUCAUGGUGGUGCUGCUCGUAAAGCGGCGGAGCUGUGAGGAGGUGCAGGGCCUUAUGGCGCCACAGCUCAGUGUACGGGACGCAGUGGAGAGGGUGCGACAGCAGUUGGCUCGCGACGAUGACGAUGAGCUCCAAACUGGCGCCACAGUGGUGUCCCUCCGCUGCCCCAUCCUGGGGGCGCGGGUGCACACGCCGGCGCGGUUUGUGGAGGUGCGCGGUCUGGCGUGUUUCGACCUGAGGGCCUUUCUGGACAGCGCCGCCCGGACCCGGAAGUGGCAGUGCCCCAUCAGCAUGAACCACAGCACCGUACACUCGCUGCAGAUCGACACCUACAUGCAGCGCAUCAUCUCGGCGCUGGCAGACCAUCCCGCCGUCAUGGAGGUGGAGGUGGAGGCGGAUGGAUCCUGGCGACCGGCGGGCUGGCGGGACAGGUUCUACAGCGUGACGGAAGACAACCCGCUGAAAGCAGCACCAACGGCAGGGAUGGCGGGCAGGGCGAGCGCCGCCGCCCCGCAGUCCACACAGCAGCAGCAGCAAGUGCAGCAACCGCCGCAGCGCCAGUCGACAGUGACGACGGCAGCGGGAAUAGGAAGUACGACAGCCGAGAACGGGAAUGGGACCGGCAGCGGCGGCGUUGCGGUGUCGCACCGCCAACCGGUCAGCGUCUUGGGUCGUACCAACACCGUACGGAUUCGUACUUCUGGGUCGCCGAGGAUUCCAUUGGAGGGGCAGACGCCGCCGCCGGGAGUACCCGCUAUCACGCCGUACCAACCGCCUGUACGACAGGGGUUGGCGACGGCGAUUGCAGGUUCCGUUGCUGCCUGGCCAACUCCCGUCCUUGCCGGCUCUUCGGCGGCUGUCAGCCAACAGCAGCCACCGCCGUCUCAUCAGCCGCAGCCGCAGCCAUUCCCAUUCCCGACGGCGACGUCCCAGCUGCAGCAGCUACAGAUGCAGCAACCGCAGCUACAGCCCUCGCAAACACAGGCACCGACAUCCCUCACGAUGCGCAACGUGCAGUGGCAGCAGCAGCAGCAGCAACAGGACCCCCACACGCACACGCAGCUGCCCCCACCCCUGCAGCAGUACUCAGCAUCAAAUCGGCAGCAACAGCAACAGUUGGGCUACCUGCACGUCACCACACCCCUGGGCUCCCACCAAUACACACACCAGCAGCAACAGCAGCAACAGCAACAGGCCGGGGGGGCGGCCCCUUCGGGCGCCCGCGCCCGCGCCAGUGCCAAUACGAAUGGAGGCUGCGCACGGGUGCAAGGAGGCGCACAGCUAAAUGCGGGAGGCAACGCCGCUGUUGGCGGCGGGGCACCGUACGAAUGCAUCGACUUGCUGGGAGAGGAGGACAGCGAUGAAGAGAGCUGA